ACCAGGAAGUUGAAAAUGGAGGCGGCUGUGUUCAUUCUAUCGCUUAUCGACUGCUGUGCUUUGAUUUUUCUUGCUGUAUAUUUUAUAAUUACUCUUUCAGAUCUUGAAUGUGACUACAUCAAUGCGCGGGCUUGCUGUUCAAAGUUAAACAAAUGGGUUAUCCCGGAGCUUGUGGGCCAGGCUUUGGCAACAGUCCUCAUGUUAUUCUCUCUGCACUGGUUCAUUUUCCUCCUGAACUUACCCGUGGCGUCAUGGAACGUUUACAGAUAUUUGAAGGUGCCUAUGGGUAACAUGGGAGUGUUUGAUCCAACUGAAAUCCACAACCGGGGUCAGUUGAAGUCUCACAUGAAGGAAGCAAUGAUAAAACUGGGCUUCCACCUCCUCUGCUUUUUCAUCUACUUGUACAGCAUGAUCUUGGCGUUGAUCAACGAUUGACGCCCGCUGGACUUUACCACCCAAUCUGCCAAAUGAUAAACUGUCAUCUCCACGCGGUAGUACACGUUUGGUCAUCAG